GCUAUUUAAGUGGUCAAUAAAACAGUCAGAAGUUGUCUGCUGUCCAUCUUGGAUGUUUCUUCAGUGAGUUGGGCACUGCAUAUGUAAAGCGUGUUGUGAAGGAAGGCAGAGGCAUGCUGUGAAUGAAUGGAGAAAGGGGGCUGCAUUCCUGGGCCAGGGCUUAGUCGACUCAGUCGAGUGGGAGUGCGCAACAGGCUGUGAGAGUGUGUAUGUGGUGAGAGUGUGUGUGAAUAUAAGGGAGUGCAGAGCAACAACCAACCUCACAGCUAAUUAGUUCAACCCUUGACAAAAGGUGGGCCAGCCACUGAAGAGAACUCCUGGGGGCUGGCGUAAUAGGGCUCCACAGACUGCUCUGGAGACUAGAGAGCAGAAGGCUAAUAGGGGACCUCCUCAUGUUCACCCUUUCUGGAGCUUAACUGAUGUUUUUAACUUCUCCAGAGCAUGUGAGAGCUGGAGACGGAGAAGGAGGAUUGCUGUAGGACGUGUGGGACUAGUAGUUGGAAAUCAUGUCUGGACCAGAUUCUGAUGAUGACAGAACCUUCAAAGACUGAAAAUGAUUCCAUGUGCUGAUGCUGGACAGCCGUCUGAUGUUACAGUGGAUGUUGGUAUGAAUGGAAAGAUAGACAUGGAGUGAAUGUUGUGGGAAUGCUUCACAAGUUUUGGGAGCAGAAACAAGUGAAAGGUGUGAUGAUGGAGACAGAGAAUCUGGUAGUCUAUGAGUCCAUUCCCUCACCCAGCCCUCCCUACAUAUGCUACGUCACCUUACCAGGUGGCAGCUGCUUUGGAAAUUUUAAGUACUGCUACAGUAAAGCAGAGGCCAGACGUGAUGCAGCUCGUAUCGCUCUGAUGAACUCCACAUUUAACGAGUUGCCCUGUCGCCGCAUCACUCCUGAGUUCAUAUCACACAGCGUGAAAGAGGCCGUCAGCACCACCAGCGGUAACAUUUCAGAUGCAUCUGACCCCGGUACCAGUAUAGGAGCAUACUGCCUUAUGCUGGAGCUGAACACUGGGAGAACCAUGCUGGAAUUUCAGGAAAUAAUGACUGUUUUUCAACUAUUGCACUGGAAUGGCACUCUGAAGGCUUUUCGGGAUAUGAGAUGUAGCCGUCAGGACGUUAUCCACUACUACUCACAGCAGCAUCUGGACGAGCGUACGCGCAGCCACAUGGCGCUGGACUGGUUACAGAAGGAGCAGCAAUCCCCCGGCCUGCUCUCUCAAGAGCUGCAGCUGGCCGUGAAGGAGCUGGGGGAGGCCCGGAGAACCGGCAGGGAACUCCGCUUCUACAAGGAGAAAAAAGAAAUCCUGAGCUUAGCUCUCAGUCACGCUAAUGCUGAGGAUCUGGAGGGCUACCACAGUGAGGAGAUGUCCUGGAGAGAAGAAACUGAAUUUGAGUACUACGCUCAAGAGGGAGUCUGUCUGGAGGAGAGUAUGACUGACCCUUCAGAGCACGGUCAGUUUCACUCUCAGGGGAGUGAUGGAGAAUCAGUGGAGUGAGCUGUGAGAGAUGAAAUGUAUAUACUGUACAUUUGUACUUUUUUACAAUUUUUUAAAAAUAGCAAGUGCUUCAUGUGAUAUCAAUAUAAUUUUUUUUUAUGCUUCUUCAUUAACAUAAGAUGUUUUAGUCCAUAUUCUUUAUUUCCAUUACAUUUUAACACAAAAAGGCCAGUAUUAAAGAUGUUCUGUACAUGUAAUAAACUAACAAACAUGCUGGUGUUAGUUUUACAGAUGUAUAGAGACUAAAACGAUCUGCUAUAAAAGGUGUUGUGGCACGAGGACAUUUGCAUUGUCGUUAUUUUAUUAUUCUGCUAGUCUGCCAGUAGAGGACGCUGUUUCUGUACUUUUGUAAUGAAGUGUCGUGUUCCUUAAUUGAACAGGACAAAGCGCUAACAGCACUGUCAUUAUUCAUUACCCGCCCUUGACUGGAACUGUGAUUAGCUCAUUUUUUGUUCCAAACAAAUACACACACCUAAUCAGCUUCUAUUGAACAUUUGUUAAUUAAAAUUAGUCCUUUGUAGAAGCAAUUGUGAAUAAAUGUUUGAACAGA